ACGACCUAAGUUUCGCCGACUAAAUUUAAAGAAACUCUUAACCGAUUUGGGAGUUUGUCAUUGUAUUGCGCACGACUUGAUUGACGAAUUAAUCUCGAUUACAGAUCCAUUCGUAACAAAUUAAAGACUUGGAUGUCACGGUGGAACUUUUUCGGCUAAAGUUAAUACGGAAGUUAACAUGAACUUCCUUCUGACGCUAGCAUGUUUCACAGCCGCCUCGGUACUGGGAGCUCCGGUAAAGAUCGAUUUUCAUAGCUCAAACGUGCAUGAUCACGGAAACUCAAAGAUGCCAAGUCCAAUAAACUAUACGAUAGAACAUAUACGCAGCAGAAGAGAACCGUAUAUUCCAAAUUCUACGAAUUUUGAUUAUAAUAUUUCGACCAAUUCUUCGUACCCAGUUAACCAGAAUUCGUCAACAAAGAUAUCACAAGCCUUUAUACCGGAGUUUCGUCGGGAUCCAGAUUCGGGCAAAACAAUCUCCUCGGUCACAGCCAGCGAUGCUGAUGGUCGCAUCGUGGCGCCCUCCUCGGGUGAAACGGAACCCAGGUCCGACGGCUACUCUUCAUCCGCUGGCAACGCUCCGUACUAUCCAGAUAGAUAUCCGCCAUCGCAAACGGUUCCUCAAUCGUAUUACGUGCAUCCACCUCCAUCGUUGAACGGUUACCCGCUGUCAUCUGUGCAAGGGUAUCCACCCGUAGCGGGUCAGGUGUACCCACCUUCAUCUGUGCAAGGGUAUCCACCCGUAGCGGGUCAGGUGUACCCACCUUCAUCUGUGCAAGGGUAUCAACCCGUAUCGGGACAGGUGUACCCACCUUCAUCUGUGCCAGGGUAUCCACCCGUAUCAGGACAGGUGUACCCAUCUUCAUCUGUGCAAAGAUAUCCGGCUUCAUCGGGACAAGGAUACUCAUUUCCAUCAGACAAACUGACUCCCCCAAAUUUAAAUACUGAUAAAGGAUACACUUGUGCAGAUGGCUUUCCUCUCGGUGGCUACGAGCGCAUUUCAAAAGCUUUCAAAAUCGUCACGGAUACCAUCAAGAAGCAAAUGAAACAAGUGGCAGGCCUAGAAACAUUGCGCUCUGACGUGGAAGACGUCAAGAGGAAAUUAAAUGAGCUUCUUACUAAGUACAAAAAGUCUUAA